UGUACUCUUGAACUGGUGUGGGAUCCUUCGUAUUUUCAAAAACAAACAUGAAAGUGUAUAACCAGAAAGUUUACAUAUCUAGAUAGACUUGUGAUAUACAAACCGAAAUUGAGUUUUUUUCCCACCGGACGUGGUGAUGAAGCACACGGUGGAGAGAGCAGUGCUACGGGUCGCCUUGAUCCUCCUCCUCGGUACCGUCGCUCAACCAGUCAGUCGGAAGUUAGAAGCCCGCCAACACUGGUGGGACCUUGCUCAGAAUGAGUUGGCGGCCGCCCUCAACGUGCGCGACAACUGGAAUGUGGCCAAGAACGUCAUCAUGUUCCUAGGUGACGGUAUGGGCAUCACCGCCAACACCGCCGCCAGGAUCUUCAAGGGGCAGAAGAUGGGCAUGAAUGGAGAGGAAGGAUACCUCACGUGGGAAAGGUUCCCCAACGCAGCCUUGCUCAAGACAUACAACGUGGACAAACAGGUGCCAGACAGCGCGGCGACGGCUACCGCUUACCUGUGUGGGAUCAAGACCAACUACUACACACUGGGAGUCGACCCCAUGGUGACCCUUGGCGACUGUGCUGCCGGUAGGAACCCCCUCUACCACACCCCCUCCAUCCUGCAGUGGGCUCAGGAGGCUGGCAAGGACACAGGUAUCGUGACAACCACAAGAAUCACUCACGCCACUCCCGGGGCCACUUACGCCCACUCCGCCCACCGCGACUGGGAGUGCGACGGUAACCUGGGAACUAUGGGUAUCGGCUGUAAGGACAUUGCUGAUCAACUCGUGCACGAUAAUCCCGGCAAAUAUAUCAAGGUGAUCCUGGGUGGCGGCCGGCAGGCGUUCGGGGCAGGUCUUGGCAAUGAACUUAACACCACCUGCAUUCGCAAAGACGGCCGUAACCUGACCCAGGAAUGGCUUGAUGACAAGAAGUUAAGGGGAGCGUCUGCUAGCUACGUCACCAACUACGGGGAACUGAGCGACAUUGAUCCUGAUGAGACGGACUAUCUCUUGGGACUGUUUGCUGACUCGCAUAAUCCCUUCGAGGUGGACCGCCUGGUGGGGCCUAAUGGGUCUCCCUCACUCAAGGACAUGGCCCUCAAGGCUCUCAAAUUGUUGAAGAAGAGCGAGAAUGGGUUCUUCCUCCUGGUUGAGGGAGGACGCAUUGAUCACGCCCUACACGAUAACCUGCCUCACCGCGCCCUGGAGGAGGCGAUUGCUUUGGACAGUGCAGUGGCGGCGGUGCUUAAGGAGGUAGACAUGGAGGAGACGCUUGUGGUGGUGACGGCGGAUCACUCUCACGUCAUGACCAUGAACGGUUACCCGGACCGAGGCAACGACAUUCUCGGUUUGGUGAGUGACCUAUCUGAAAUUGACAACCUUCCCUACACUACCCUCAUGUUCACCAACGGCCCCGGCUACAACUAUUCCGUCGUUGAGGAUAAGGUGGUUCGUCACGACCCCAGCACCGUCAACACGAAGCAUAUAGACUACCGCUCCCAGGCCGCCGUUCCUACUCCUCCUAUCUCGGAGACCCACGGCGGGGAGGACGUCGCUAUCUGGGCCGUAGGACCGAUGGCUCACUUGUUCCACCGCACCCACGAACAGAAUUACGUGGCUCACGCUAUGGCCUACUCGGCGUGCAUUGGUCCCAGCGCCAAAAAUUGUCAGAGACCCAGCCAUGCGACCUUCACUCGGGGGCCUUUAGCCAAACCAUCAGUGAGGGAGCCGGGAAGUGGUCGUGGUUCAGGCGAGCCCAAGUUCCCCACUUUGUCACCAGUCCUACAACAGCUGCUUGACGACAACCAACAGAAGAUCGUGACCGCUCUUGGUACAGAGACAGUGAAGAGCUUCUCCAACACGGCGGACGUCCAGGAGUUGCUUGGUCGUAGUGCACUUCCUCACAGCAUGUAAAACAACACUCCUGUACAUGAGUUCUAGGUCGUCUUCAGGCUGUAUUGGGACUCGGUUGGACACAAAUAUUCAGGGAUAAACAGCUGACCGCAGGACCUAAUACUUGGUCUCCCUGUCAGUCUCUCUGAAUGUGACCUCACAAUAUCUAGGACUGAAGAUCUAGAUGACUUUCCAAGACAUCUUAAUGGCGUCUUGGCAUCUGGACGUCGUCUUCUGAGCAUCUUCGGUGGAUAUCCUUUUGGAAUAACUUGGUCAAGUGUCUGCAGGGUCUCCAGUUAUGUUACUUGAUCUUGAAACAGUUUGUCGUCUUAGCACCAAGUUUACCAAAUUUUCACUAGAUUGUAUUAGGAUUUUUCUUCGCGUUAAGACUACGUAUGAUAGGUCAAUACAGUAGUUUUCUUGAUUGUAGAUAGUGUCUGUAAAUAGUUAGCUAGCUAGUUAGUUAGCGUCUGAUAAAGUUUUGUAGUCCCAUACAUUUAGUUUUGGCUAUAUUACUGUUCUGUAAAUUAAGAGUACAAGAAUGUGUUUUUAAGUGUCUGCGGAUCGUUUGUGAUGUCUAUGAAUUUUCUUAAUGUCAAGGAAGGCUCUACGUUACACCAAGGAGGUCCUCCGUCAGAUUUUUCAGUCGGGAGGAAUUUUAUAUAAUGUAAAGAUGCCACUUACAGGACGUCUUUGUAUUUAACUGUAAUGUACACAUGUGGAAGGAUAUUUUAAACGCUUUCCACCACAACGCCCAGGUAUAAAUGUGCUAAUUGUCUUUUAGCCAUUACAAGAUCGUCGUUGUCAGGAAGAGUUAGGAAUGUUUGUACACCUGUAUACGAGUUUUUACUCUUAAAUGGAAUACAUAGAACAUUACACCUCAAGUUUUACCUCAUAUGUUCACAAUAAUAACAAGUUCGAGUUAUCAGCCAUAAUCUUUGUCUGCUUAAAAAUAGUUCUAUUUAUUUAUUUACCUGCUGAAGUAUUGAUUACCCUCUGGAUAUCUUGUGCAUAUUUGAGAUUUGUGUUUUAAAUGUAAUGUGGCUUUUGAUUUUACUUGUAUUAUAAACACUGUUGGUAGUUCAGUGUCUCGAGAUGCAACGGAUAUUAUUGUAUGGUAUCACAGUGUCAUGGAGUUUGUAGAUAUUUUUAUUGAGAAAUUAUUAUAUUUGAUAGAAUAAAUUUACCUUACUA